AUGUUUGAUAUUCAAGUGAGCGAGCUGGAAGCAGUCACUCGGAAAAGCGGUGAGUACGGAGAGGAGCAAGAGACGCACCUCGUGACAAAUGGCAACUGCGAACGCCCUUUGACUGCCUUCACUAAAACUGACCACCUCUGUCUACGCUCAGCUGAUCACCUCGUCUCCAUCAGUCCUCUUCAAUCCUCGGCCACUCUUCUGUCCUUGCUUUUGAGUGUCACAUCUCAAAAGUGUUGUUGUCGAUGGCGAAUCGAUGCCUCACUUUCCUCCAACGCAAAAUGGCAUCGGAUUCAUGGAAAGAUCUCCUCUACAUCACCUUCAAGUAAUAAAAAUGCACGAACGAUCAUUUCCUUUUUGGGAUUAUCUUCCCACCCGUGUGAACACAUUCCAGGUCGACAAUUCCGAAGUGGAAGCUACAAAUGCAUGUGUCGCCAGGGUUUUGAAUACCCCUUCAACGACUUGACAUGGUUCUUUGAUGGCGAGACUAUGGAAAAAGAAUACCAGCUGAAGAUCGAGGGUCAGCCAAGUCGAUAUGACCUCCUUAAAUGUCGUCAGGGUCAUGCAAUGACUGUGCAAACAUCCAUUGGGUUGAUCUUCCGCGACUUAUCUCCCACCCAUGAGGGGGAUAAAUGGGGCAAGGAAAGAGGAGAGGUGCACUUACAGCGUAAGUGCAAGAGAUCCUCCGACAGAGCCAAGAUUAACUUUGAGGAUGGUGUGAUCAAAGUGUGGAACAGUCGGAAAGGGAGAAUUUGGAUCUCCAACUUGGAAGGAAGUAGCAACAUCCGAACGGAGGUUGUUCCAUAUGCUGCCGGGAGAUUCAGUACCCAACCUCCACCGAAGGCAAGCAAGGCAAACGCUCUCCUCACAUCAAGACAUGACGCGUCUGUGCCACUUCGUCUGCUGAGCACUGAUACUGCUCACUCCUCCCACACACUCAUCCUCGCCAUCGACAAAGGCGAAUUGACCGGAGGUGUCAGUGUCGGGAAAAGACUCUUGCCCCUCUCACAACACACAUUCGUGCCUUGUCUCUCCCUCCUCCCUCUAACACCUCCACCACCAACACCACCACCACCACCCAACUACGGCGCAACAUCCCGCAUGGGUUGGAAUGUGUCCAGUCGUGCGACACGUGUCCUCCCCCCAUCCACUUCUCCCUCCUCGUCUUCACCGACCACCGUAGGGACGCAUUGCAGCAGUCCAAGAUUAGUAUGCGUUGUCGCCUCCACCGGUGCGCGUCUCCAACACAUCGCAGUCCACUUUAACUUCCCUUCUUCUCAUCGUGCCACAAACAAUCACCUCUCGUCUUCUACCUCUGCCCUCCUCCUCCUCCUCCUAUAUCUUCCACCCGCUUCCCUUUACACCGGAAAGCCCGAGUGGUGUGCCAUUCACUCCUGCCUUUCUUCGUGA